CCCCCCCCCCCUCUCUCUCUCUCUCUCUAGUUUCUCUCUCUAGCCAUUGCUAAAGACAUUGAGGUUGGAAGUGGGAACCCAGCCAAGGACUACCAGGAUCCUCCGCCGGCGCCGCUGAUUGACCCAGAGGAGCUAGGGAAGUGGUCAUUCUACAGAGCCAUCAUAGCUGAGUUUAUUGCCACCCUCUUGUUUUUGUACGUCACUGUGCUCACUGUGAUUGGUUACAAGCAACAGACUGACACUACCCUAAAUGGAAACCAAUGUGGUGGAGUUGGCAUUCAUGGUAUUGCUUGGGCCUUUGGUGGCAUGAUCUUUGUCCUUGUUUAUUGCACUGCUGGCAUCUCUGGGGGCAUAUAAACCCUGCAGUCACAUUUGGGCUGUUUUUGACAAGGAAGGUGUCACUGAUGAGAGCCAUAUUGUACAUGGUGGCUCAGUCGUUGGGAGCCAUAUGUGGUGUUGGGCUUGUUAAAGCUUUCCAAAGUGCUUACUAUACCAAGUAUGGUGGUGGAGCCAAUAAGCUUGCCGAUGGCUACAGCACAGGCACUGGGUUGGGUGCUGAGAUUGUUGGCACCUUUGUUCUUGUCUACACUGUCUUGUCUGCCACUGAUCCGGAGCUAAAAGCAAGAAAUUCCUAUGUCCCAGUAUUGGCACCACUGCCAAUUGGGUUUGCUGUGUUUAUUGUGCACCUUGCCACAAUCCCAAUCACUGGCACUGGUAUCAACUAG